GUGCUUUUUCCACUAGUCCGGAAAUAGCGUUUCACGCAAGGAGGUGUAGAGAAAGCUAAUCCACUUGUUGUCAAAGGGAGAUGUAUAGCGAAGUUGUAGCGACACACGAUGCAUGAAACCAUGUGAAACCAGCAUUUCAUUAUUUUCCAGCUUUCUUCAAACAUGCCUGGAUUCAGAGAGGCUGGGUUGGUGGGUGUUGCUGUUGCGCUAACGGGAGGAGUCGCACUUAUUAUUUGGACUUACGUGUCGACGGCGGACAAAAAGCCAAAGCCGCCGAAAAAGGCAAAGGGCAAUUUGGAAAGAAUUAACGAGGCAAAAGAAGAAACCGUUCCAAAAGCAGAAGUCAUAGAAGCACAAAAAACACCAUCCCUAACCGAGGCCAAGCCAGCAGAGAAGGGGAAACAGGUGCUGGUGCUGGGACUGGAGGGUGCAGGGAAGACCAGCCUGCUUCACUGCUUCGCUACUGGUAGCCUGGAGCAAGAUGUGUCACCUACCCAGGGGUUCAACGCUGUCUCCAUCAACAGAGAGGACCUUCAGAUAGAGUUCCUCGAAAUUGGAGGUACAGAGAACCUGCUAGCCUACUGGAAGAGAUACAUGCCUAAGGCGAAGGUGUUGGUGUUUGUGGUUGACUCCUCUAAGUCUGACCAGUUCCCCCUGGCUAAGAAGCAUCUACAUGAACUGGUGACCUCAGACCCCCUCCUGCCUCUGAUGGUGCUGGCGAACAAGCAGGACCUGCCAGGUGCCUGCAGCAUCACCGACCUCCAUGAGGCCCUGGGCCUGGCUGAGCUGGGGGACGACCGGAGGUUGUUCCUCAUCGGUACGUGCGUGAAGAGAGGCGAGCAGGAGCUCAACUCAGGCGUGCAGGACGCUCGGGAUCUGGUGGUCCAGAUGAUGAGUGAAGGGAAAUAAGACGGAGCCUGGCGACCACCGCUCUCUUACCCCUCAACCAGAUCCACCUCCUGUCUGUCGUCGUGUUUGGAGGAAGUUUUCUGGGUUAAGGUUGUAGUGUGACAUGUAUUAGCAUUUUGGAUGGUUUGAGCGACGUGCUAAAUGAUGCGCAGCUGAAAGGGAUCUGAAGUGAGGGGGAAGCUGAUUGGUUGGUUUCACGGUGUGGUGGUUGGAGAUUGUGACCCUCAGAUAGUGUCAUGUGACCCUCAGAUAGUGUCAUGUGACCCUCAGAUAGUGUCAUGCGCUGACCUGAAUCUUAACCUUCGUCGUGUUAUGUUUGGUGUACAUUAACAACGUUAAAUGAAAGGGCUGAUAUUUUUUGGUCACCAAAGCUUUUUGUUGUGUGUGAAAAUCCUACAUCACAGGUGAUGUGUACAGUACUUCUGGUAAAACACUAACCAUUAUUCGUCUGCUGUCAGAUAGUAAAAGUAAUUGUAAAAAACGAUAUUGUUACAUGGUGCAUAUUUAUUUUUUGUGAGUGUUUUGUCUCUUUAGAGGGUAUGUAAAAAAUAUUUUUCCCAACUCCAAAGUUUGAUAUUUAUCUAUGAAUACAAACGCAUUUCAGGAAGAUGCCAAAGUACCUUUUCCAUGUAUUUUAUGGACUGACUACAUCUUAAUGUUCAAGGUUGGUGCACCUGACAAAAUGAGUGCUGCUGUGCAUCCUAGUUUGUGCAAAGAUUUCACUGUAUAAACACAUUAAUAAGACCAUGGUAGUUGAACACAUUGAAAUUGCAGAAGACAUAUUUGAUUGUCCAAAUACAUAUCAUCCAUCUGAAAUGACUCAGGGUUCCAUUCCUAAUUAGACUCGGAUACAACGCUUUGUAUGUUUUCAACUGGGUGACUAAAAUAAUAAAAAUGAAAACUUGUAAAAAA